CAAGUCAGCGUGUGUGGCUGUGUGCGAGUGUGCGUGCGCGUGAUAAUUAGGUUGAGUGCUGAGUCCUUUUGCGUCGGAAAAUCGAGACAAUAAAGGCGGGCGACUGACAUAUAUACGCCACAGCCCAGCACAUAGGUCACAUACAGAUGGGGUGGCCGGGGCUGGAGGCUGGAGGCUGCAAUAUGGCAGGGGCUGCGCAGUGGGCCGUCGAACUUAACCUCAAAUGUGGGAGCACGAACGUGUGGCGAAAGCCACAACAAAGCAAACAAAGCCAGAGUCGUCAUACGGCCGGGGCAGUCUACUCCAAUCGUACCUGCUGUCAAACGGAAUCCGGACCGAAGCCAUGAGUCAAGCCCCAAAGUGCCCUGAGUCCCGCAAGAUCAAGCGAAACUACAGGGAGAAGCAGCGCAAGAUCGCGAGCCGCAUUGCCUACUAUGAAAAGUUCACCAGUCAGGAGGCCAAGGCCAAGCAUCUGUUCGCUAUGGUCAAGAAACGCCAGACAGAUGCCCACGACGCUACCAGCUCGACGGACUCCGGGGAGGAUGACCGCCACCAGUUGCACCACCACCAUCCCGGUGGCAGGAGUGCCGGACCAGCCGGCGCCUCCAUCGACGGCUCCUCGCCCAGUUCCUCAACCAUGUGCCAGCACAUAAAGAGGGCAGUGGACGCCACGAAACUGCGUCGCCAGCUGAAGACCACGGGCCUGGUGUACGAGUGCUCCCAGUGCCAGAAGCUGGGCCAGCAGAAGCAAUCUCCGGACGCGGACGCAGGCCCGAAGUCCGGCGACAUUGAGUAUGACAGCACGCUCUGGCUGUGCCUCAAGUGUGGCACCCAGCUCUGCGGCAGAUCCCGCAACAAGCAUGCCCUGGAGCACCACAAGACACCCCGCUCCGAGUCCCAUGCGCUGGCUAUGAACACGCGCUCCUUCGACAUCUACUGCUAUGAAUGCGAAAUGAAGAUCUGCUCCAAUCUGCGCAAGAACCUGCUCGAGUGCGUGGAGCUGGUGAAGCGAUUGGCUCAGAAGCCGCCCGCCACGCCCCAGCCACCCACCAUCAGCAACCUCGAGAUGAAGAUCAAGUCGACGGUGGAGCAGAUCACCUCCAUGGCUCCGCUGGCGAUGGCGCCUGGAGCGGCCGUGGGCACCUUCGACGAGAGCAGUGCUGGGGCAGCGGGUGGCGGGACCCGGAGUAGCCAGGUGGCUAUACCGAUGCCACCACCGCCCCCGAAUGCAGCGCAGGCCUCCGCCGCGGGAGCCGGCACCUUGACCAGUGUGCCGGGAAUAGCGAAGAGGAUCGUCCAGCAGAACGGAGGAGUAACCGGAGCAGCCGCAGGAGUGCGAGCGGUGCCCGGGGACACUCCGCGAAACGACUUGGACAGAUUGCCCAGAGUACGCGGGCUGACCAAUCUGGGCAACACGUGCUUCUUCAACGCGGUGAUGCAGUGCCUCGCCCAGACACCCUUCCUGCUCAGCGUGAUGAGGGAGCUGGCGGAGCCGGGGGAGGAGUUCGUACUGCCCGGCGGCACCUUCAACUUCAAGGACAAGGGAGACGUCGAGCUGCCGAUGAUCAAGGGCACUCUCUCCUCCUGGGGCGGCCUGACCGCCGCGCUGGCGAACGCCUUAGAGGAGCUCCAGGCCGGCGGCAGCGUCUUCACGCCCAGCAAGCUCUUCGACAAGCUCUGCGCGAAGUGUCCUCAGUUCACGGGCGGCGACCAGCACGACGCCCACGAGCUGCUGCGCCAGUUGCUGGAGAGCGUGCGCAACGAGGACCUGAAGCGCUACCAGCGGGUGAUUCUGCAGAACCUCGGCUACAAGGACCAGGAGAUCAGCAGCGUGUCGGAGGAGAUGCGUCAGAAGUGCAAGAUCUACGGCAACCAGGCCGGCGAACGUAUUCUGCGCCCGGACCAGGUGUUCCGCGGCUUCCUCGUCUCCACGCUCACCUGCCAGGACUGCCAUAGCGUGUCCUCGCGGCAUGAGUACUUCCUGGACAUGUCGCUGCCAGUGGCAGUGGAGAAGCCACAGCCACCGCAGCGCCGCAAGCCCAGUCCGGAGCACCCGCUGAUCAGCCAACCCGCCGCCCAGCCGGCGAUCAACACCAAGUUCACUGCCGGAGAGAGCAGUGUCAGCUUCACGGCUUCCUCAUCGUCAUCAUUCUACCUCCACUCCGACCAGACUGAGGCCACCAGCCUCGGGCCCUCGAAGAUUCAAGUGAAGAAGGAGAAGGAGCGGGAGCGCAAGGCGAAGCGGGCCGCCAAGCACCAGCGCCACAAGCAGGCCCAGAAACUGAGCCUCAAGCUCAACGGGAGCGACCUGGAGGCGUCCGUGCCAGACGCUCCCCAGCUAGUCGCUCUAGGUGCCGGCGAUGGCCAGACGAGGAUCGAGGGCGGUGAGCAGCCCAAGGAACAGACCGAGGACACCACGUCGUCCAGUGUCACCACCUCAGAGCACUCGGACGCCGACGUGGAGGACAACCUGGUAGAAGACUCUGCCCCAGUCUCCGCCUCAGCCAACACAGCCUCCAGUUCCACCUCGACGUCCACGUCCUCGGGCGGCGCGGUUGGCGGCAAGUUUUACACGGACAGCAAUGGAAACGCGCAGCCACUUGGCGAGAAGCGGGACGACACUCCCGAGCACAUGGACAAGGACUCGCUGGAGGAGGACGAGAAUGACUCUGGAAUUGCCACCAGCCCGGCUCCCACGGCAACCAGCAGCAGCAGCACCGUCGUGGCUGGAGACUCCACGACAAACAACUCGGGAACCUCCUCCGGCACCCUGGAGGACGCCUCUGCGCCGGCGAGUCUGGUCAGCGCCGGCCUCUCCGAGAAGGGAGCCUCCCUGAUACGCCAGUUCUCGAAUGGAGGCACAGCUAUCGAGUCCGAUACUCAGGUGAGUGCCGAGCUGGAAAAACUAAGUCUGGAGGAACCCGGCAAGCCUCCGAUUCAUGAUCAGAAGCAGAAGGCCACUGAGCCGCUCCUCACCCAGGCCCAAGCCCAGGCCCAGGCCAGCGCCAGGGCGAAACGAGUGCGCACCCAGAGCUACUCAGACUGGAGCACCACCAUUGCCCCGCGCUACCAAUGCGAGGACGGAGAGUGCUCCGUGCAGUCGUGCCUGAACAACUUCACCGCCGUGGAGUUGAUGACCGGCCAGAACAAGGUGGGCUGCGACAGCUGCACCCUGCGCAUCAACGGAAACGAUCCAAAAGCCAAGUCGGUGAACACGAAUGCCACCAAGCAGCUGCUGGUCUCCAGUCCGCCGGCGGUGCUCAUCCUGCACCUGAAGCGCUUCCAACUGGGCCCGCGCUGCAUCUUCCGCAAGCUAACGCGUCCAGUUAGCUACCCGAACUUGCUGGACAUCGCUGCGUUUUGUGGGUCGAAGGUGAAGAAUCUGCCGAACAUCGACCGCAAGCAAAAGAAGCUGCUGUACGCUUUGUACGGCGUGGUGGAGCACUCGGGUGGCAUGUACGGAGGCCACUACACGGCCUACGUGAAGGUGCGGCCCAAGGUGACGCCGGACGACAAGCGCUGGAAGUUCCUGCCCCACGGCAGCAAGGCGGAACUGGACCAGGACGACGAUCAGCUGAAAAAGCUGGAGGAGCUCCUGGCCAAGGAGAAGGCGCGUGAGCUGCACCUGAAUGCCAUGGACGACAGCGAUGACUUCACCAACUCCAGCAGUAACUCCUCGACGUCGGACGAGGGCAAUGCUCCGGUAACACCUAGCGAGGAGCAGCAGCCACCACAGACAACGCCGCCUGGGGAGGAAGCAGCCCACGUGCAGGCGCCGCCCGGAAAGUGGUACUAUGUCUCCGAUUCACGUGUCCAGGAGGUGAGCGAGGACUCGGCGCUGAAGGCACAGGCAUACCUGCUCUUCUACGAGCGCAUAUACUAAGCGGAGCACAGCGAGCGGAGGAGUGGAGUAGCAAAGGGAUGUCGGCGUGGGACGGCAAGACUUUCGCGAAGGGGAAGAGUGGGGUGAGGCGUGGGGCAGACAGAGAAGCCAUCGAUGAUCGAUCCGUCAACUAGCUUAGGAUGUUAUACAUAGAAUGAAACAUUUUUGCGAUGGGUUUGUUUUUAGUUAUACCCCCCUUCCAGAAAUACUAUUGAUUUUUAUUAUAUACAUAUAUAUUAUUUUUUAUGCAUUUUUGUUUACAAAACAACGAAGCUGGACUGAAAGAUGAUUGUGGAAAUGAGACCAUGCAUGCGGAAGCUGCAGAAAAGACAGAGAGCGGGCGAGUAUGAGAAUGAGAAUGAGAAGGCAUGCUCCAGCCCGCACAUGCCAAAAUGCAUUUGUUUUGGCGAAGGCCCACUCAAAAUUUGAUUAGGAUAAGCGUAGGUCAGGACAAGCUUUAGUUAGUCAAGUUGAAUGGAGAAGAGAAACAAAAUCAAUGCAUAACAGUUCCAAAAACGCUCAUUUUAAAUUGCGAGUUAUUUUUUUACAUUGUUUUUGUUUAGUUUUUCUGUUUAUUUAUGAAGGGAAAUCACAAUGUUUGUUAUUUCUUAGUUAGUUACGAAAAUAUACAUUUUUUUAACGUGUUCCAAUCAAGCAUUGCCUCCAAUUUGAAUGACAAAACGUUACUUAACCGGAAGAAUCGCGGAGGAGGAUACCAUGAAGACAACUAAACAAAAACGUAAUUGUACCGGGACUUGAUAGAAUCCGAGGGAUCCUAAAAGGAGAAACUAAAUGCUGAUGUUAAUGUUAUAACGAAUAAAAUAUGGAAAACAAUAGAUUUAAACCAACAACCAAUUGCUCGCUUCUGCCAAUAAAUUUAACUCUUCAAUAAUAUUAACAUUUAAAAGAUAUAUACAAUUUAUAAUGGGUCUACUAUAUACACGCUCACGACCACCUAGAUAUUUACAAUUCAAGCUGAGGAAAUAUUACCAACACGUAAACAAAGUAGCGAAGGAAAAGUGCAACGAGAGAUUUAUACAAUAGCGAUCAUAUAUAUUAAUUAAUUAUAAACGGUUUAUCUUAUGACCUAGGUUUAACUAUCGAUUUAAUUUAUAAUACCUAACCUACUAUGUGGACUCUGUAUUAUUAAAGAGUGAAUCGAUUUGAGAAUGCUGCAA